UCACCAACCUAUCACAGGGCCAACAUAUGGUGCUUUCAGACACGAAAUUUAGUCAGGACAUUCUCCAGAGAUUGUCCGAAGGGGCUGUAUGUGAGAAUGCAAAUAUCUCUGCGAACAUUUUCCUGCCAGCUCCUUAAUCUCUGGAUCAUUCUUAAGUGAGUCUGCGAGAAUGCAGCAGGUGAAACUGCCUCCUUCAUGCCCAAGCUGUUCUCCUGCUGUGAAUGUGUCUCUCUAUUAUAAUCAGCCGCCGCGUUUGAACAGUAAACACUUGGCAUUGUCUCGAGUACAUGUCUGGAAAUGGCUACACAGAAACAAACAACCAUUCACACCUACGGGCAAUAUAGAUGAUCUAAUUAUCCUAAUUGCAGUCUGUAAGACUUUGGGAUGUGGGAGGAAGCUGAAGAACUUGGAGAAAAAAAACCACAUACACACAGGGAAAACAUGCAACUUCAAAACAAAUGGCCCCAGUUAUCAAAGUAUGUCCUUGCUGUCAGGCACCAAUGCUAACCACUUCACCAAAAAACAAAACGCUCACAGUAGUUUGUCUGAGUUUAUGACCCCUAACAUUGAAAAUGUCACAGUUAUAGCCUUACUCAUAAAACUUGUCUAAAAUACACAUACAUAGUGUGGUCCUGAGGAUUAAACAAACCAUACAUUUAGCUAAAAAAUAGAUUUUUGAUUUGUUGGGUUUUCAAAAGUGUCGAUUUACUCCUGUAAAACACAGAUUAAGACCAAAAGAAAGUAUUGCAUAAUUACUACUUCAACAGCUAUUAGCAUCUGUUAUGUUCAUAUCGUCACUGACUCCCUCUCUUUCCUUUGCACACUUUGCUAAGAUAAGCUAAACUAAGAUGCUAACUGCCAGUAAACACCACAAACAAACAACCAACAAGGCUAAAACACUUAGCUAAGAAUAUCAAAGCCAAGAUGCUAACUGCUGGUAAACAGGACCAAGAACAAAAAAAGGAUAAAACACCAUAGCUAAGAUAAGCAAAGCUAACACGCUAACUGCUGGUAAACACCACCAACAACCAACCAAAAUGGAUAAAAGGAUAAAUUAUGACAUCACAUCUCGGUCACUAAGAAAAGGGCUUAGAAUUGUGAAUCUGAACAACGUGGAAAGACGAAAGGAGGUUUUGGUCAUGACUUUGUUUGUCAUAUGAUAAAAUAUGUAAUUGUUAAUCUCAUACGCUACAGAUUUUCUACCUGGACUUUUUCUUCACAUUUCAAAAACAGGAGGAGUCUGGUGUAUCGGUGGAACCUUCUCAGUUGACUCAGCUCGUCUUCUUAAGGGGUUUAAAAUGGCAAAAGGUAAAAAGCGAUAUCCAAAGGACCAUUGUGGGAAAUGGUUUGCUCAUCCGACGGUGAAAGAAGGGGAGCCAAGAAAAUGUGAGGGUAGCACGAGCACGGGGUUGAUGUUAAGUCAGGUUAUAUCCUCAUUGCCUCAGGCUUUGGAGUUUGAACGCUAUCCUAAAUGGAAAAAAGAGCAGACGUCCAGAGUCUAUCCAUUCUCAGUGCAUGACAACAAGUACAUGUUAAAAGAUGACAUCUCUGUCUACAUUGAAGGUGGGGGGAGGAGGAAAUGUCUCGAGGGCAGACAGUUCGUUUCUCAGAUCUGCCUGUGCCACGACGGACCCGACAGCAGCGCCGCCACGGCAGAGCCGAGUGGAAGCCGCACCACCUACCAGACUCACUUCACGACGAAGGAAGCCGCCGACAUUCCAGCCAACAGACGAUUCACUCACAACCACAAGGAGAAAUCGGAACAGGCAGCUUUGGCACAGGCCGGGGAGACCUUCAUGUGGUUUGGACGACAUGACUCGGACAAGUUUGAGACACUGGAACUAAUCGAAGCCACCAGCAGUUUCACAAGAUCUGCCAAGUCCUGAGAAAAUGCUGCUGCUGAAGGCGCUCGGGUUCAAGUAAUAACACAUAGAAGCAUUACAUGGCGUCUUAAAGAGCUGUAUUCUUGAAAGGGAACCUUUUAUAAAUAAGAUUUUAUUCCACUACAAUGCUAAUUAGUGUAUUUUAAACAAUCGAUAAAUGGAAGACAAACCCUGAGAGAAGGACGAAGAACUGCUGACAGCCAGCAGCUGUCAAUACACCACUUCUAAAUAAAAAGCUAAAGCAGUGAGUCGAGCAGGUGCAUUCAGUCCAAAAUCAAUUUUUGCUCAUUAAAUGUCCAGUGUGUAACAUUUGGGACGGUUUAUUGGCAGAAAUUGAACGUACUACCCAUGUGUAUGUUGGGUUAAGUGUAUUACAAUGUAAACAGACGAAAAACAACUCCACUCUUCCCGCAUGAGGUUUAUUUGGGCAAAGUCUUCCAUUUGUUGCACUCUGCAGCCUAUCCAUAAUCGAUUAAUAGGUUGAUUAUUUUAUUGAUUAUUUGAUUGAUCGUUCGGUCCAUAAAAUAUCAGAUAACCUUAAAAAAUGUUGAUCGAUGUUGGUCAAACCUGGAAAUGAUGAUGUUCUCAAAAGUCUUGUUUUGUCCACAAACCAAUUUCUUUGUUAUCCAGAGCAAAGAAACGAAGAAAAUAUUCACAUUUAAGAAGCUUAAACAGUCGGAAAUCUUGUUUUAAUCAUGAAAAAAGCUUCAAACCGUUUAAUCGAUUAUCAAAAUAGUUGUCGAUCAAUUUAGUAAUCGAUUAAUAAUCGAUGAGUCGUUUCAGCUCUACUUACGCAGUGGACCUUUAAUAGGAGAUUCAAAGGUUGCUGCAGCAGGCACACGGUUAAAGAGGUUGUACUCAGUCUUUUAAUUAACCUGCACCAAUUCAACCAGAAUGUCAUUACCCAUUGUCCUUAAAAGGUUAAUCUACAAGGUAAGUGAGUCGUCUGCAGAAGAAAUGUAUUUACACCUGGCAUUAGAGUAGAUGUUCUAUGAUUGGAUGCGUUUACACCUGGCAUUAACAUGCAUCUCCAGUCUCAGGUGUAGGCACUAUCCGAUCUGUAAUCUAAUCACAGAAAACACAUUUUAAUUAUAAUUCUGUAAAUGUGACGUGAAAAAACGACUAAAUAACAUCGAUUCAAUUCGACAUCAAAAAUCCUUUGUUUGCAUGACUCAAAACACACUUCAACCUGAGUAUAUAUAAGAAUAUAGCGUCUGCUAAAUUACAUGUAAUGUAAUAUAGACUUAAAAUUACCUAAAAACGUUGAAGACUGACCUUUAAAACAUUCCCAUCACAUGCACAUUGCAUAAGUCUACAGUUAUCAUACAAGAAAUACGAUAUAAAUAUGUUUUAAUCUAAAAUAAAAAUCAAUUUUUCAGUUUAAAGGUUCAUGGCAGGACUCACUCACUGUGGGAUUUCACACUUUAGCCACCAGAGGGCAGCAGACCUGCACGAGUCAUCAGUUGGCCUGACAGACUCCAGAGUUGUUCAACCACCAAGUUGUGUGAGAGAAGUAAGAACCAAAAACCCCUUAGUAAUGGGCCGUAAUACUGCAGCAGAGAGAAGAAUCCCUCUAUUUUGAUGUAUAUUGCAUAUGAACAUAAGGACAUUAAAUAAGUGAGUGCAUGUGGAGUAAAUUAAGCCUGAUUUGAGUCAUAAUGCAUGGGUUUGUUUCACCCCAGUGGAUAAAAGGGAUAUGUGUGUGUGUGUUUCACGUAUUACUCGUGUUGUGGGGACGUAUA